GGGCGAUAGCCGUUGUGCGUCAGUCCAAUUCUCUUUAUACUCUUGGCCGGGAUUUUGAUGCUGUCCAGCCACAAACGCACUUCGCCGGCGGCUUCUUGAGGGUCAAGUGUGUGAGAGAGAGAGAAUAAUCCUUUAGAUGCAGUAACAGCACCAUUGAGGGAACUCUGCCGGAGUCGUCCAGUCUAGAGAGAGAGAUUGAGAGUGAAGGCGAGACGCUGCACGGGGACAAUGUCCUGCUCCAUAACCGUUUACUUUAUGGCUACAGUUUAACAGGAUCUAACGGAUGCAUUGCUAAAUAUAGACAACUAUUGAUAAACGUUUUAAUUGACAACAAACAGUUACUGGUGUGGUUUUGCGAGUUGGAGUUGAUUUGGGUGCAUUUGACUUCUCACCAAUCCUCUCCACACACGUGCUGCGCUGAACGUGGUUUUCUAAAAGGCAUCCCCGGGUGAUGACCUCACUGCUGUUCUCCAGCCCCACCCACGUCGUCAUGAAGGACCGCGAGCUGCCGUCAUCCUCCCUCACCCUCCUUCACUACCCAGGGACGGCGGUACCCGUCAAGACACCCGGGGGUGGCCCCUUACCCCCCACCUCCACCUCUCCAUCCCUCUCCAAACCCCAGCCAUUCUGCCUGCAGACCCUCCAGACCGGCCCUCACCUCCUCGCCAGCAUGCAGCUCCAGAAACUCAACUCCCACUACCAGAGUCUGGCUGGAGGUAUAGGUGGUGGCGUAGACUCGGGGCCCACCUCAGGACCUCAGAGGGGGUUUGGGGCCUCGACACUGGGCUCGGCGGGGCAGCUGGUGGGGGGUACCCCUGGAGGUGUUGUUGGGAGGAACCAGGGCUGUGGGGGGAUUAUUGACUCUGACCCGGUGGAUGAGGAGGUGCUGAUGUCGUUGGUCGUAGAGCUGGGGUUGGACCAGGCUAACGAGCUGCCUGAACUCUGGCUGGGACAGAACGAGUUUGACUUCAUAGCGGAUGUACCUGCCAGAUGCUGACCCGCCCAAAUGGAGGGAUGAAAGGAGGGGAUCUGUGUUCUUUCCUGUUCAUUACUCUCUAGGUUGGAUUGACAGAAACUCUGAUGUCCCGGCUGGGUGCUCACCCAAACACACGAAACAAUACAUAUUUUUUUUCUUUUGGGGUCACCCUCUCUGUUUUUCUCUGAAGGACAAGUUAUGGACACAAACUGACCCAACAAGCAUGCUGUUCUCUUGUUUUUCCUCUGUAUCCCCCUCUAAAUUUCAAAAUUUUGAAGGAGAAAGGGUAGACACAGGGUCUUAUGUUUUUGUGUGUGUCUGUGUCUCACAGAAAAUGCUAUAAUGUUACUGAGGGAACCUGUGCAUUCCAGUGAAUCCUCUUUUUACUUUGCAGAACGCAAAUUACUCUGAAGCAGAGGGUUUAGGGUUGCAAACGCCCACAUUUCCAAUAGAGACCAAAGAGGACAAAACCUUUUAGGCAAAGGACAACUGCUUGGCAGGGCCCACCCUAUCUAUAUGUAAUAGUAGGGAAAACACUGAGGGAUAGAAAUAGCCAUUCAGAGACAAAAGCCUUUUACCUAAGCCUCAGGCCUGUCUGUCAAUUUCACUGUACGUCCCAUGGGCCUCCUUACACACACUCACACACCGGCAGAAGGAUGGAUAGAUGGUAUUAUGAUCCGGUAAUGUAGUAGCAGCCGUGAAACUGGCACUUGUCACUUAUUCAGUUACCCCAACAUUUUAGGAGAGUUCAGAGGGUUUGGAUGGGACACCAGGGUGUGUGUGUGUGCCUGUGACAUAAGACAGACAUGACAGGAGGCAUCAGAAGCCUGUGUAGUCUCCGUGAACCGGUGUAACCUGACCUGUAUGGUGCUGACAGUGUCUGUAUCUAAAUAAAUGAAUGAGUCUCAACGUCCGUGGUCUUUGUGUACCUGGUAACUCUGUAGGUGAAAUGAAUCAUAGUUUCCCCCCCCUCUGUCUUUCUCUCUGUCUGUAUUGUAAGUCUCUUCAUCUUUCUCUCCUCUCUCUCCACCCCCUGUCCCUGUCUCUCUCCCCUGUGCUCCCAGAUACAUUACUACCUACUCUGCUGUUGUACCGUCAAAGUCAAUGAGUACAUCCCAAAUGGCUCUCUAUAUAGUGCAUUACUUUUGAACAGGGCUCUAUGGGCCCUG